AUGUCUUCUGAAACAACGCCUAUCCAUAUCGAGGACUUCAAGCUCGCCCUCGAGGACCUUACAAACGAAAACAUUGAAUCUGUCUUACUGCAGUUGGAGAACUCACUUUCCAAGUUGAGGGAAACGAACGAGUAUUUGGAUAAUGAGAUCAAGAGUAACGCUGAUCCAGACAGUAACACCUUGUAUCAAGAGACUAUUGCCGAGAAUGAACAGGUUAUAAAGAGCCAGCUAGAACGUGUGGCAGCUAUUAAGCAAGAAUUGGCAAAGAGGGGCCAGCAAUCAAAGGUGGAAGAGGAGGGUAUCUACUUGUAA